AGUUAGAGAGAGGAGCGUCUUACAGCUGCGGAGGAUUAUUACCCUAUUGACGCUUCUUUUACCACACUUUUUGAUAUUUUAAAAUCUUUUUUCUUUGACUGAUAAACUUCUGCGCUGGACAUGAUGGUGCAAGUCUCCAAAAAUGUCUUCAUCCUGCUCUGCUGCCUGUUGCUGCAACCGGUGAGUAUUUCGGACGCUUGAGACUUUUCUCAUGAGCUGAGUGUGGGCUCGUUUCCAAUUAUUGGUCUGCUAAUUCUGCAAUGUGAAGGUAUACGUCGAUUUGUUGUAGGCUCUACUUGGUAUUAUUUCAAAGCUUAAAGAGAGGCGUGACUCGUGUUGAAUGCAGCGCGCAGAGGUGUGCACGAUAGAAAUCAAGGGGAGAGUUUAAUCGGUGCAAGGAUGACCAAAUGUUGAAAUAUCUGGCUUUAUUUUCGGACGAUUGUUAACAAUGUGCGUGUGUUGUGUUUUAGGACAUUCAGAAUAUGCUAUAUCAUGCUGUAACUUUGGCACAUUUCUUGAGGUUUUGAAGUGUAGUGAAUUUUCAAUUAUCAUCUCAUCACCUCUCCUCAUCUCCCUUCUCUCCUUGAAGAGUCAAUCCCUUAUUACCACCGGCCUUGAAGGCAAAACUUAAGCCCUUUAAAUUGAAUUUCCACUCAAACACACAUCACUGUUUCAGGCUUUGAUUCGUUUCCAGUGACACUCAUAUGUCUUUAUGUCCUACUUGACCUAUACUUCCAUGGCUAAGGUGAAGGUAAAUCACCAGGAGAAGAGACAUCAGGUGCUUGUUCCUGCUUUCAGAAAAUUUCAUGGCCAUGGUCUCUUUUGUCUGUCUCUCACCACUGUCUCCAGCUGAGAAGCAUGCCAGUUAUAAAUCAUGCAGGAAUUCAACUGGAGGUCAGAGCCUUUAGAAAAGCAUGCUGGCUUUUAUAUCUGCAUUCGUACUCACUCAAACACACUUUUUCAUCAGCUGGGUUUGAGAAUGAGGUGUAGGAAAAGACGAGGGGUGCUGUUUUUGCUGGCAGGAAUGGUGAGAGUGAUGAUCAGAGUGACGAUGAUAGAGAGCAGGAAGUUUCCUCUGAUAUUUCAACUGGCCCUGCUCAAGGCAGCGCUGAUCCAUCACUGACAUUAUCUCCAGUUCAGAGGAAGUUACACUGCUUAGCCUGAGGGGCCAGAUUUUUCAUAACCAAAACUGAGGGCUCACCCUGCAUGGUGGAGGGGUCACAGUCAUAUCUGCUUAUUUCUUGGCAAACAAUAGACACAUACUACCGGUCUGAUUAAUGCCCACAGAGAGGAGACUCAUCCACCUAAGUAAGAGCCAUAAAUCUUCUGCUCUUGCUCAGAGUCAGCGUAUCCUCUGUUGGCAAACCCCUCUGGAUUCAGCUUCAAUGUCAGCCAAUAUAUGCCUGAAGAUUCACUCCACAUGUCUGAAUCAUGCACAUGCAAAUCUGCAGGAUAUAAUGCUGGAGUCACGAUCAAAAGAUUGAUUGUGUCUCUGCAGUGUGGGCCAGGCGAAGAGAUUGAUGACAGCAUCAUCUCAGAAGGACCCUGGAGAAGACAGUAGAUGUGUUGCAUUUAUAAAUCCUGCAUCACCCACGCGUCACUAAUAAACAAAUUAUCCAUGAUGUAAAGAAAACAUGUGUACUGUUCCCUCUGCAGGUGGUCUCAGUGCAGAAUCAGAUGUGUGACAUGGUGAAGGAGCUCGACAAGGAGAGGGACAUGUGCCUGGCUCGGAUGGAGAAUAAAACCACAGGUAUGGAGCUGGCUGUGUGUUUGAUAAGCUUUUCUUUUUUUUGUAUUAUUUUUUACAUGCACACAUAUGCUCUGAUGGAAGUGACACUUUGAGCUCUAAAGACAACAGAAGCUGCUCAAACCUGCCCUCAGGCUCCCCAUUCAUUACAACUGCAUGGUUGAACACUGUUUUCCCCCGGUGACAGCUGCCUUUAUAAGUCUGCUGCUGUUUAAGUCACUUGAGAUUUAUUUUACUCCUGAUAUUUGUAAAUUCUAUAAAUGAUCAGUAAAUGGCUCCAGAAUCCACCCACAAUUUUUCAGUCUGCUUUAGGCAUGUGUAAUACCACUCAAUUUGUUUGAGUUCCUCUGAGAGGAGCUUGACAUCAAACUGUUGCUUAGUUUAUCUGUAAUCAAAUUUUAAUGAACUUGACAAGCAACAUAAACUCUCCUGCAGCCUGAAAAGUAUCUCCACAUCUGGGAAAGGGCAUCUGUAAUACUGCUGACACUGCUCCACCAACUGCAAGAAAGAAUUUUCAGCAUCAGAAAAUCAUCUGUCAAUGUUUUUUUUUUUUUUAAUUUGUAGCCUCAGUUUAAAAAAAAAAAAAGAAUUAAAUAAGUAAAUGAAAACCACUUUAAAAAUAGAGCAGGCCAGAUGUGAACUGGCAUAAGAUUCUGACAGUAUGAUAACCUUGAGCAAAAAAAAUUGCAGUUUCAUGCAGUCACUGUGGUAUGAAGAUUACUGUUCUGAAAUGUGUUAUUUUAAAUGUCUGGGACUCUAUGAAAAAAAAAAAACAUUUCCAUUAAACAUAGAACAUUUGGAACAUUAGUGAACAUGUAAUGUAUGUGAAUAAAUAAGAAAAUAAGCUAUUAAUCAGUAGACUUUUCCCAAAAAAUGUUUACUCUAUUACUAAGAUUAAUCAUAAAAUACUGUAUAGAUUUGAAUAUGCACAAAUAACUGUCCAAAAAUGGGCUUCUCAGUUCUUGUGAGGGUCAUCUGACAAGCACUUCUGCUUCUGGUUACCUGGGUGACCAAUUCCAACCCAUCUUGUUUAAGGCUGAUUGUUUGAAACAGCAACACAGGCACCCAUCCUGCUGAAAAGCGAACCUUCAGGCUAGCUGCUGGUGCAGCCAAUGAGACGCUGAAGAAAAAAGUCUGUGCACCCUGAAAAAGACCCUGGGUUUAGUGGUUUCUCUCUGUGCACUCAAACAUUCUUUAUCUCGUUUUGUUCUCCUUGGACAUGGCUCUAUAAAAAACUAAAUGCCCUAUCAUUGUGUCCAAGCCUACUGCAGCUAGAAGACUAGCAGCAAGUGGGUUAACUGAUUCAUCACCUUAGGUAACAAGUAAGAGAAGGGCUUACACAAAGCCUAGCUCAUACUGUGGGAGUGGUAAGAUAAAAAUAUUAUCAGAUUUGAAACCAUGACUUUUUUAAACAUUGGAACUGGUUACCAUCCCAUACUAUAGUCAAGACUCGAUAUAUUUAGUGAUAUUAUUUACAGCUACCAGACAUGAAUCUACCACUAGAAAGAGCUCAGCAGCACUCUUUAGGGUCACUUCUCUAUUACUGACCAAUCAAAAUCAAGAAGUGGGACUUCUAAUAACAAUUUUUCAGCAACAGUAGGGAAAGUCUGUGUUUGUCAAAGUACAAAAUCAGGUUUAGAGCCACUGCUAAUGCCACAGCAAUGUUUUUGAGCUGUUUUAAAUGCCUUUAUUCAGAGAGAACAGAACAGGAGGUAGAGCAGAAGAACUGUGAGUAGAAGCUGGUUGGGACAUACAGAAAGAGGACAGCAGGUUAGAAUCUCCCAGCUGAGGACCACAGCAUCUCUACAUGGUCCAGCCACUUAACUACAAUGUCAAAGGAUGUACUGUACCUCUGUGAUAUUCUGAUGAAUGAAAGAGAGUAUAAAGCAAAGAUUAUACCAAAAGAGUUGACAAUCACUAGUAAGGGAAGUGAAAGUACCAAGGGACAACCUGGGUAACCAAGCAACAGUAAGCACUGGUGAGAAGUACUCUGAUAUCGAGGUUGAGGGCGCUGCCAGACAAAUAGAGCAUUAAUUGACACAGGCUCUUACUACAUUACAUUAAAGCUCAUGUUAAGAGCCACUAGGUGGCUUUUCAAAAUGUAUUCAGAGUGAGGUUACAUCCCAUCUCCACCUCUGGUCAGACUACGUGAAAUGCAUCUCAGACUCCUGCCAGUAGAAACUGCAAGCUGACCAGCUUAGAGUCAAGUUCACAUUCACUUUAAACAACAAUAACUAGCUUAAAGGUGGAGUAGGCAGGAUCUGAGGAAGUUCCAGUUCUUAGGAGAAAUCUUGAAUGUAAACACUACCCCUCCCAACCAGAUUUCCCCUCAGCUCCUCCUCUCCCCUCCCUCUCUGCUCCAGCAAGCCCCGCCCACAAACAGACGCUCAUCCACGCUUGUAUCAUUCCAAUUAAAAUCAGAUAUAAUGCAGAUAAAUACUUUAGAUAAUUACAAAUGGGGCCCAGUAAACGUGAAAGUAAAAAGCAUUGGUGCUACUUUAGAUGCCAACAGACUACCAGCAAACACAAUGUUUGCAGGACUUCUACAGCUAGGAUAAAGUGUUGACUCCAGGACCUGAGGUCAACAGUGUAGCGGGGAUGCAACACGCAGCAGGUCCCGUUUGACAAGAAACACUUCUGUUACAGACACUUGGCUUACUUUGUUAAAGCGGUUUACCUGUCCAGCAGAAAGGUUACAGGGUCUGUAAGAUCCCGAAGCAUCCCAAUCGUUUAUGCUUAAUUGAUUAUGACCCAGCUUUUUAGCUCUUGUCCGGUCUACCUACUUUUUAAGCACCGUUAUUCCACCAGAGUUGCUGGUAUUUACUUCAUUUUCCUGCUUGUGUUGGCAGUCGUGGCCAAAGGAGGAUUCUGACAAUAUUCUGUACUUUCUGGCUGGUUUCUACUGUCUGAUAUUGUAGCACGCUAACUUUGUUGAAUGACACAGGGAAGCAGCAUCUUUGUUAAAGCCCUUACUGGGGCUUUAACAAAGAUUGCAGAAAUAUGUACAAUAUUUGCAACAACAACCUUAUGAAUGACAGUGUUUGUUUAAAAACUGCACUAACUAAAGCAACGCAAACAAAGAAUGAGAGCUCAGACUGACUAAUAUGAUUUGUUUAGUCAGGUUUUUGAUGAUUAGGCUAGAGUUACAUCAUGCUAAUUGGGAUGUCGCACACUCACAGCAGUAAGCAGCAUAUAGCCGACUGUAAUUAUAAUCCACUAAUGGAUAAUUGUGCUUUAUUGAACCUCUAUUACCUCUGGGUGAAACUGAAACCCCAUUACACCUCACUGCAGUUAUCAUGAGACUCUUCUGACUAGCUCCUCAUGAUGUAGAAAAAAUCUCUCACUCAUUAUUGUUUAAAUGGAGACAUCACUUUGCUGCCUUAAGUUUCAGAUAGAUUCAAAUGUAAUAAAUCCUUAGGGUGGUGAUGCCAAUAUGAACUGAAUACUCAGUGUGAGCGAGCAGGACAGAGCCUAACAGUGACCACAGUGGUCUGAUGAAUUUAUAAAACAGCUUGUAAUGAGGAACAGGGUGCUUUUGUAUAAGUCACAGUGUCAGCGUGUUAACUCAGGUCAUUCACUGGUAUGGCUUCAGUGACAACAGAGAUGAGCUGCUAUGUCUCUGCUGCCAUGGGAACUCCAGAGCUCGACCUUCACCAGGAGCAGGUUUCUGUUUGUCAAUGAGAGGAGUCAACUGCACAGUUUCAGACAAAAAAUAAAAAAUCUGUUCAAAAUGUUCAAGAAACUGUUUUCCUGUUGCUUGUUUGCAGCUUUCUCCUGGUGCUAUUCAUCACUUAUGUUUUCUUUUCCUCUCUCUGGCCGACAGGUUGCAGCGGGAUGUGGGAUAAGAUCACCUGUUGGCCCAGCGCAGAUGUUGGAGAGGUGGUCACCAUCCCCUGCCCAAAAUAUCUCUUCUACUUUUCUAGAGUUGCCACAACACGUAAGGAUCUGUUUGAUAAUGUGUGAGGAAAGACGUGGGUUGGAGAGUUAAACAAGUUACAGUGGGAUUUUGAAUGGCGAUUAUCAGUAAUGUAAGUUUUCUGGACUUUCAUUGGUCUGUAGUCUCUUAAACCUUAUCCCCUGUUUGUAUCAAGUCAUACAUCUGCGAGAACAAAAGAGAGGAUAAAUUUUAAGACUGCUGACUGCCCAUUUGCUAGCUCUGGGAAGGUGUAAAGUCCUCCUUGAAUAACAUUAGAUAUACUUUAUUAUCCCCAUGGGGAAAUUUAUUCUGGUCCCUGUCCAACUGUAGGUAAAAACAAGACAGGAAGAAAAAAUACAAAGCAGACAACAAUUGUUUGACAAACAAUUCACCAGCAACCACACACACACACACACACACACACACACACACACACACACACACACACACACACACACACACACACACACACACACACACACAUUCAGUCAUUCAGCAGUCUGAUGGUCUUUACCAGGAAUCGCACUCUGCCCCAGCCGGGUGAUCUGUGACCCCAGCUGCACACUUACAUUACCAUACCAGGUAACGCCAUAUCUUACGAUACUUUCAAACCCUGCUCUGUAAAAAAGUGUCAUCUGUUCCACACCAUAGAGCCUGAGUCUGCACAGGAAGUACAUACGCUGCUACUUCUAAAUAUCUGUAUGAGCAAACCUGAGUGAUAUGCUUCUUUUUGAUAAGAGGCAGGCAUGUGGUCACCUACUACUUCUGGGUCCUCUGCCUUCCUCAAAUUGAGCACCAGAUGGUUCUCAUGACACCACUGCACAAACUUCUCUUUCACAGAAGUAGUUCAGUGGGCUGCUGUCACCAUGCAGCAAGUGUAGCAUGGCUGUAUCAUCAGAGGACUUGAUAAUGACGUUUUCACUGUGAGUUCUUUUACAGUCAUUAAAGUACAACAUAAAGAGGACCAGGGAGCUGACACAUCCUUGUGUCGGGCACCAGUGCUGAUUGACUCAGGUUCUGACAGGGCCCUGUUGACCCUGACCUGUUGGGACUGCUUUGAGAUGAAAGGAGUAACAUCCAUCAACUUCAUUUUCUUUUUAAGCAAGUGUGGCUGCAAGUGUUCAAAGAUGAGCAAGCAGCAUAAGCUUUAGAUUGUCAGGACAUUUUAAAUUUUUUAAAUUUACCUGCUUUGUGGUACUUUUUUUUUUUUUAUUGCUAGGGUACACGAGUAUUACUUUCCUAGGUACUAUCAUUUCCACACAAAUAUUAAUAUUCAGUAACUAUCCACAACUGCCUCAUGAAAUAUACUUUAAUCAGUCAAAAGAAAACAUCCUUCUCAGGACUCUGUGCUUUCACUGGUUUAGAUCCUCACAGUCUCGGCUUGUGGUUUGUAACAUUUAAGGGCGGUUCUGUAAGUGGUAAUGAGGUGUAUGAUGUUGUGGUCCAAGUUUGCCAGAGACGGUUUGGUUCUACUCACUUCAUCCAGGAUUACAUCACCUCUUGUCCCACAUUGAACUCCUUCAGUCCUGGUAAUGUCAGCUCUAACUUGCACUGAUGAAAGGCCCCAAAGAUUAAGACUUGGAGAAGCUUUUGUUGAAUACAGUCUGUGAUUGUAAGGAGCGGUUUUGGUUGCAUUCCCGCAAGGCAGAACUAUCCAGCAACCUUUGGUCCUAAGUAAUAAAGCAGAUGUGGAAGUGCAAAAAACUGCAGUUCUUAAGUGUCCACUUGCUGCAGAACCACAGGAAACCACAAACACACUGAGACAAAAAGAAAAGCCUGUAUUUAGAGCAAAGAUAAACACGUUGCCAUUCUGGUUCAAAAAACACCUUUUGUCUGAUUAACUUUGGGUUGUCAUGGCACCCACAGUAGUGGGAGUGAAUCUUUUUGUAAUACGUUUGUUUCUAAGUUAUUAAGAAUGCACAAUUGGCAAACAAGCGACAUGGCUGACUAGACUGACAUGCGGACCACUGUAACCAUUUGUGAGGAGGAUACAAGCUAGGUUUGAGGUAGGCUGACUAAGCGUUAGGCUGAGUCAGCAUUUCCGACAUGGUGACCACCACGAUUGGCUUCAAAACUCUGCCAUUGGUGAUGACAGCAACACUACACUCAGUGAUAAUACACUCUAUAGGUGGAACAUACACAGUGAGGAAAAUUAUGUUCCCAAACUCUCUGGGCAGACACACAGGUCUCAAACUAAAACAGACUGGCGUUGUGUAUAUUGACUUUACUAGCUGAUACUAAUAAAGAGGAAAAUCCCCCCACCUUUGUGUUUCCCUGUCUCUCCUAUGAACGAGAAGGAUUGUAACUCACAGAGAGUCCAGAAUGUCUUGGUGGAGCCUUGGUGGAGAAGGACUCUCAGUACUUGUGAGACAGGUAGUAGCGUAGGACCGCACCUCUCAGUUUGUUCUUUAAAGGGAUAUUCCGGCGUAAAAUUAAGUUAGGAUCAAACACAUCGUAACACUGAGUUAGAUACCCCUUUGAGAGAUGAAUGUUGCUGACUGCUUGCAUCUCUAGUUAAACCAACUUUAGUAAUGACAGUACAUAUAGGGUCCCAGCCACAGCACUAGCCACCAAACAUCUUUUUAACUUUGCCUGAUUUCUUUAGCAAAGAGAGCAGCCAUUUAUUUGUACAGAGACCUUGGGCAAGUCCAUCACCAAAUGCAGCAGGGUGACGCAGCUCAAAGAAGAACAUUUAUAAACAUUUCUUCAUGGAAAUGCAAUCAGACCGAGACGCUAAGGCAGAAGAACUACCGCGUCUACAGCAAAUUGAUUACUAUGAUGAUUAUUACUUCAAGGAAAUGAUCAAGUAGUCAUCAUAAAUGCUCUUCCUUGUUGAUAAAUGAAGAAAUAGGCACAGGUUGUAGCAGCUAAAGAGAAGCUUUUGACAUUGACGUAUUGGUCUGUAUCCAAAACCUGCAUCAUAAAGCAGCAUAAUUACAGACUUGGACAGAAAUGCCCUCUGUUACAGGACUGGACAGCAUUGACAGCUUAAAGUUGAUGUCUGACACAUGCUGUAGGUUGAAGGGAGAGCUAUUAAAUGAAUUCAUAAAGGGCUUAUCAGGCAAAUGAAGCAUUGGCAGCACACUGAGGGAGUAGUAGUAUGUAAUCAUAGAGUACGCUCAUAUUUUAAGACAGGUCAGUCAUCCUGUAAACAAGAUGCUUUUCCAUUGAUUUUUUCUGUGACUGUUAUUUUUCAUAAGAGCUGGAGUAGGCUGAAAGGCAGCAGCACCAAAUAUACACCAGAGGAAUUUUUGCACUUCCAUAUUGACUUCAUUUUUUAACACUGAAGGGUGGUGCUAGAUGAACACAUCCUACCAGUCCUGUAAUGCUUAAUGUUUAAAUCUCUUUCAUGGAGGAUGGACGUAUAUGUGGGAUUACAAAAAAAAAAAUGAUUUUGAGAUUUUUUCUCAUCUUGAUUUAUCCCUAAGCUUCCUUUUUUUCUGAUGUUGCAGACAUUCCAGUUGUCUUAAAAAUGAGAUAUCAUGCCUUAUAUUUGAGACCAGAUCUAGUUGUUAGUGAGUGCACUCAGUUCGAGAGCGACCCAAACUCAUGAUGUCACUUUGGCCCAUGUUACCUGUUUUUCUGUCUUUCCUGAAACAUAUCUCAUGUCAAAUAGACUAAAGAAAAACCCAAACACAGCUGCGUCUCAAAGAGAUGAAUAACUUCUUUCCUGGCACCGUGAAAGACACAUCAUGUGUAUUUGUCAGCCUUUCUAUGAGAGCCUCACAGGAUGUGAUACUGAUUAAACGAAAAGGGAAACCUCUCUCCUGAGACUCGGUAGGCUGGAUGGUGUUUGUAGUCCCUGAGAUUAUUCCCCUCUGAAUUCCCCUUGUAUCUUCAUUUGUCAUUAAUGACCACACUGAGCGAAUCCACUUGUUUAUUUGUGUUGAACUUGCAGUGAGGCCUCAUUUCCAACUCCCAGCCUCCAGAAAUAUUUGUUUGUUGGAGUUCUUCUGAAUUUAAUUUAGUUUGUUAUGAGGACAGAAAAGUUCCUCAUAAAAUGUACCAGUUCUUAAGCUAUGGUGUGUGCGUGCCUGCGUGCAUGCGUGUGUGUGUGUGUGUGUGUGUGUGUGUGUGUGUGUGUGUGUGUGUGUGUGUGUGUGUGUGUGUGUGUGUGUGUGUGUGUGUGUGUCCUGUGUGAUUGCAGUGAUAAAUUGACUAAGGCAGUUUUGAAAGUUCUCUGAGAUUCCAAGCAUUUUAGCCCUUUAAGCAUGUUGUUUUCUUUUCCUUUUUCAUAAACUGUCAUCUUAUAGUCUUAAUAUGCUGCUGGUAUCUUUCUUUAUUUGAAAACUUCUGGUAAACUAAGUAAACAUGUCAGAUUUUCAGAUACCCACUCUUAUUUUUACACUUUUUGGAUUAAAGAAAGAUUAAAACACACAGGCCACAUUAAGAGGUCAGUUUGGUUAGUGUGUUAGUUGUGGUGAGUUUAGAGAAUGAAGCAUCAUGGGUUGGGUCAAAAUCAUAACUAAAUUCAUAGUUGCAUUCGUAGUUCAAGUUGCACUAGACUUUCUACUUAUUCUGAAUGUCUAAUUCUGCAGUAGAGUGGUUUACAUUGGUGUGAGGGGAAAGCCCAUUGAGGAACGCUAAAGGCUUUGAUGAAGACGCGAGAGGAUGAGGAUGAGAGGGAGCCAAACCGUCUUAGCCACUACACAAAAAACAGGUUGAGCCUGCAGAGCUACCACAGCUGGUGUAGCAUUUGGCACAGAUGUGACAGACCAGUUGGACUCCCACUUUUUCCAAGUUGGUCUCUUACCUCUGUGUUUUAUUAUCAAAGUUUCUUACCUGUAGUAAGAAUAGUAACACUGCUUUGUAGAGCAGUGAAAGCCCCUUUUGUUCAUGUCCUGUCUCAAGAUUGUAAACUUCUUUAUUUGUGUUAGUGGUGUCCAGCGUUUGACAAAUGUGCUCAUCUGCACUUGUAUAGCUGAGACAUUCAACAUCUUUCCUGAUCUAACUCAACCCACGACUCAUUCUGUUGGUUGGUUAACUGGCUUCCGUUAGUUGGCUAGUUUGCUUUUCUUAAUGCGAACUUUCCGACUAGUAUGAAUAGCAUUGGUCACCUCACCUUUGUGGUGGUAAAGUCAGCCUGUGAUGUAAUGACGUAAUGCUGUAUGUUAUGGCCUGCAGUGUGAACACAGAAAGACCGAGGAAAAAAAACAAACAAACAAAAAACCUGCUGUGCCAUUAUAUCACCUGGAUCAGAAUAGGGAUGCACCGAUCCAAUAUUAGGAUCAGAUAUCGUCUCUGAUACUGACAAAUUAACUGGAUUCGAUAUCUGAUAAAUGACGCCGAUCCAGCGUUCCGAUCCAGUCUUUUUUUUCUUUUAAUUAAUAUCAUACACAGCAACACAGCGAUUCUGUUCGCUCUAUAUUCUAUGUCUGUCUAUCCUUUUGCACUAAAUGUUUACAUGGAAGUCUUACUUCUUUUUGCUCUGUGCUUAUGCGCAAUUUGUUAUUUGUUAAAGGGGACCUGCCAUCCAAAUGUAAUUUUGUGUGUUUUUGGUGUCAGAUAAGGUCCAUAUUAUGUUCGUCUUAUGUUGUAAAUGUGAAAACAAACCGUUACGUCGUUUGCAUUCUGUAAAGGUUUAAAAUAAAGAAACGGAUAAACCAGGCCAAUUGAAAAAGCAGGUCCCUCUGACGUCGCGCUGACCUUGCUCAUUAUUAUUCAUGAGCGCGUCCUCGGAGAGCCGCGCCCACUCUCUCGUUCUCGUACUCGUACUCCUAUUCACAGUCAACAUCACUCUCCAGCUAGAGCGAGACCCAGCUACCAUACUACCUACUGUAUCCGCUAUGGGUCUCUUCCAAACGACCGGUGUUUCCUUGGGUUCAUGGGUUCAUUUUCCGGGAAAAUGAACUUAAAGCUGGGCAGAAUGAAUGAGAAAACACCGCUGGAGAUCUCUGGCUUCUUCUUCAACUUCUACCUCCUCUUCGGACUCGGGGUCUAAAAUAUAUGGUUUAAUACCUGCCAUUUUUAGCCUUUAGCAUAAGGUGACCAGACAUCCCCGAUUUCCGGGGACAGUCCCCGUAUUGGAUGACCUGUCCCUGGCAAAAGCUGUCCCCGAAAAUGUCCCAGAUUUAAGCGUUUCAUGAAUGAGAGCAAAAAUGUUGCAUGUGGGCUCGAACAACGUUUAUUACAGUAGCCGAAUGGGUAGGAGGCACAAGUAAGCAGUCCUGAACAACAGUUCUUACGGGGGUUAUUACAAGGGGCAUGCGCUGCUAAAUAGUACCGAGAUUUUGUCUGUGAUCACACAGUCCCUGCAGCCCCAGCACCUGCCAAUCAGAGCACAGCAGGCUUCACAGCAGGAUCCAAUCAGAGCAAAGCACAUUACCAUAAAUGUUAAUGAGCCAAAAUCAGUAGGUUUUCCUGUAAGGUUUUUUAGGCAUACUAAAACAAACCAUCAAAUAACUUUUCAGCUAAAAUUAUGUUGCAAACAUGAUCAGAGGACAUCAAGGAUUAUGAAAAAAUGAUAAAAAUGGGUAUGAAAUUUUGAUGGCAGGUCCCCUUUAAUAAAUAAUAUUAAGUACAUUUAUAUCUGUGUUAAUUUGUUACCUUUUUUUAACAAGGCUAUUGUCAAGCCUGAUACCUUCACUCACAGGGCAAGGUAUACAGUUCAUUCAUUCAUUCAAUAGUCGUAUUGGAUCAGUAUCGGCUGAUACGCUCAGCCCAGAUAUCGGUAUCGGAUUGGAUUGGAAAAAAUGAAUUGGUGCAUCUCUAGAUCAGAACACACCAAGAAAGCUGUAGGCAUGAAAGAACCCUAAGAAAUUAAUGAAGACUAUUUUUGAAUUUGGAAAUUUUAAAAGCAGAUGAAUUGGUGUAAGAUUCAGUCAGAACUACGUAGAUAUAAAGUGAAGUCAGGGAAAAUGACCUUCCUGCAAAUUUAAGGACAGAAGUCACAAGGAGCAUAACAUUGGUCAGAUAUGAGAUAUGGGUGGUUGACCUCAACAUGCAGAUACUGAGGAACACACAUUGUACAUCAUUGCUGAGAAGAUUAGAGAUCUUUAAGAGUCUCCUUGAUUAAUCAUAAUCAGAGGACGGGCUUGUUAAUCAAAGGUGUAUUAGGUGCUCUGUUUGGUUCCCCACACAGGAGCUGGGGAAUCAAAUGGAGCUUAGACUUAUCAUCUCAAUGUCAUUUCUAAUUGAAUUCAAAGCGGAGUGUGGUUGAAAACUCUUUUAGUUUUGUCAUGAUGUGCCCCUUUCUUGUUGUGUGCAUGAUACCUGAUACGCUGAGGAGGUUUUCACAGAACUGAACAACCUCAGAAACUCUUCCUGUAAAUAUUUCAUCACCUCUCUGGAAUUUGAGCACAGAUUUCUGUUGUGAGUGAUUGUUGUGUUUUUGCACAUCCAAGUAUCUGCACAAAUGUGAUGAGGGGGUCCUGCCCCUGAAAUCCAGACUGUGUUUGCCCAUCACAUUCGGGACAUGAGAGGGAUUCUGGUCUGUGAUUUAUCUUGGUGUAGGAUGGUGUUCUGGGAAGUUGUGAUGUGACCCAGAUGGGAGAUGGUGGAGCUUAAGAGAUGAGAAAACUCUAGGGAAAAAACAGGAGAAGAGAUAAAGAAUCACAGGAUUCGGAGGUUUGAUAGGGAGAGGAGGUUUUACUGACAUGUCAAAGGUUUCUAGAAUCAACGGGCCAAAAUUAAAUAAGCGAAGAGACAGGAUUGUACGUGACCUGUAAACUGAAGAGGAUGGUAUCAAUUAUGCAGUAAAUCAAGAAAUCAGUGGAGGUCUCAGCCGGUUAAACCUGCCCUGCUCUCAGGUCAUGUAAGGAGGACUUCAUUAAGGGAUGAUGAAGGGUCUUGGAUUUUGUUUAUUGUAUUACUCUGCUGUCAAGUGAGAACCUUGUGGUCUCAUAAGAACUAAGAAAAGCAGCUUUUUCUGUUUUUUCCCCCUUUAUUUUAAAAGGUUGCAGAACCCUGAGAUGACAGAGUGGUAUGAUAUUUAAUUUUCAAUAAGUUGCCCUUUAGUGAAUGUGCUUAAGUAUCAAACAAGUCGAUUUAACCUCUUUUUAAAUGUGCCUACUUUCCACCAGUUGCAAAAGACUCCAUUUAUUGACAUGUCCAGAGCCAUUCAAUUUUAUAAGCCUCACAUGCACACACACACAAAAACAGGCAUUACGAAACAUGGCGCCACAGAGAUUGAAGGCCAAGUCAUAAAUUUAGUUGAGGCAGAGUUUACUAUUCUCAUGAACUCUUUACCUAGUAGGUCUAACACAAACACAAAGUCAUUUAUCUCCUUCAGUGACACUGGGUCCCAGCCAGGGAGCGCAGGCUCAGAGUGACUGAGGGCAGGACGUCAAUGGCUGAAGCCGGGGCCAACCAUCAUAGGCUGAUAUGGAUCUUCCUCCAAGAUGUUUCUGGGGAGGAUCAAGAAUCUGACUACUUAUUGUGUCCAGAAAAGUCAAGAUCUAAAAAUUCCUAGAAAUUAAAAACAGGGUGAUUAACUCAUUUGAGCUCUCCUCCUUGUUGUGCAUGUCACUGAAAAUCCUUGCCAACAUGUUUUGGUGGAUGAUGAAAGCAUUCUUCUGGCAAUCCCUCAAACAAGCCAGAUCCAGCCGUGGCAUGGGCUGAAACAGCAGGGGCUUAUCAGCGCCUUUGUGUCUUGUCAUGUUGUUUGAGGAAGCUAAGCCUCCGUCUUCUCUGCAGUAUGCCGCUCAGGUAUUUGUGAGGCGACCAUAUUUCAAUGCCAAACACACUCUAAGACUCGGCAUUGUUGCUCAUUUCUCAACUCAGUCUUGAUUUGAUAGCAGCUCAUACAGUUGGGAAAUGUGAGGAAUGUCCUAGAUUUUGAUUUCUACAGCACUAUUCAGGGCAGGGAUUAAUUUAAUGCCAACUCACGCAGUUUCCCUUUCUUUGCUGACAGCUGAGAAGGUGAGGAAAUGCUACAGAUAAAUAUUACAAAAUAAGAGUCUGUGCAGAAUCACAGAAGAGCUUAUGUGUGCUUCUUGAUGAUUACAGGAUUAGAUAUCCCUCAUGGGUGUUGUAAGUUGUUUAUUAAUGAUAAGUGUAUUAUCUAAAACUCACCACAUGUCCUUCCUGUUCUGUUUCAAAAGGCCAACCAUCAAUCUAUCAUCAACAUAUCUGCAUAUGCAGCACUUUGAAAGAAAGUGUUAAGACUUGUGAUGAAGUGCUUCAGUGGUAAAAAUCUAUUUUAAUAACAUAAUAUGCAGUGAUUCAAAGAAAUUCUUGGUAACCUGAGUGUUUUGCAUUUCACUCUCCAUUUUUUUUUAGUUUCAUUGAUUUUUUUUUUUCACAUUUACUAAAGUACCUUUCAUUAUUCUGGCUGUGGGCAAUUCCUUAGAAAGUUUGGCACAUAGUACCAAUUGGAGUACUGAUCUGAUUUUAUUGUUGUGUUAGUAAGAGUGUCAUAUUGUUUUUCUUUGAAAGGUUACAUAAUGCUGCUAACAUUUACUCACAAAUCAAUCCAAAUAGUAUUAAGAAGAGAGAGACAGUAAAAGAAGAGUUAAAGAAGAGUCUACUCUACUCUGCUCUACCCUACAAUAAUGUACUCUACUUUACUCUACUGUACUGUACUGUACUGUACUGUACUGUACUGUACUAUACUCUACUCUACUCUACCCUACAAUGAUGUAGUCUACUCUAAUCUACUCUGCUCUUAUCUGCUCUACUCUACUGUACUCUACUCUACUCUGCUUUACUCUACACUACUGUACUCUUCUCUACCCUGCUCUAUUCUGCACUACUCUACACUACUGUACUCUACUCUACGCUACUCUACUCUACUCUACUCUACUCUACUCUGCUCUACUCUACACCACUGUACUGUACUCUACUCUACUUUCUUCUGCUCUACUCUACUCUAAUCUAAUCUACUCUGCUCUUAUCUGCUCUACUCUUCUCUACUCUACUCUACUCGACUCGACUCGACUCGACUCUAAUCUACUCUGCUCUUUUCUGCUCUACUCUACUCUACUCUACUCUACUCGACUCUACUCUAAUCUACUCUGCUCUAUUCUGCACUACUCUACUCUGCUCUAUUCUAAUCUACUCUGCUCUUAUCUCCUCUACUCUACUCUGCUCUACUCUACACUCCUCUUCUCUGCUCUACCCUAAAAUUAUGUACUCUACUCUAUUCAACUCUACGUUACUCUACUCUACUCUACACUACCCUAAACUACUCUGCCCCGCUUUGCUCUGCUUUACUGUACUCUACACUACUCUGCUCUAUUCUGCUCUGCUCUGCUGUGCUCUUCUCUGCUCAACUCUUCUCUACCCCAGUCCUGUCUAGGUUAGUCUGCUCAACUUUGCUCUACAAAGCCCAGACUGUGUUGCUAGUUCCUGCAGUGGUUCACCACUUCUCGAUAUGCUGUAACUUCUUUUUGCAAAUUGUUUGAUAAGUGCGAUUUGUGUCCUUGGGUUUCCCCUGGUGCUGCCUUUGCCAAAAAGGACUAUUAACUGUGAUCAAGUGUUUUGACUAAUCAGGAUAAGGCAUUUACCACAGCAGGGUGGUUACUAAAAAAGCAGAUAAUAAACUCUAAUGAAGUGGACUGUAUUGUGUUGUAUUCUAGUGAGUGCUACGCUACUGAGCUUUAUUAUACAUGGCUCUACUUCUUAUAAAAAAAUCUUCGACACAUUACUGCGCUGAAGUGAGCUGUAGUCUGCCGAACUCUUAUAUAGAGAGCCCUGCUUUACUAUUUAGUCGUCUUGGAGAUUAAAGCUCUUCCUUGUUUAAUGGUCAGUGUAAUGCACUUUAGCCUUUGACCCCUGACCCCAUAGACAGGACUGGACUAACUAAAAAUAUCUUUCUCCCUGACAUCUGGCCUCCUGUGUGUGUGUGUGUGUGUGUGUGUGUGUGUGUGUGUGUGUGUGUGUGUGUGUGUGUGUGUGUGCGUAUGAAUAUGUAUGUGUGUAUGUGAGUGUGUGUGUGUGUGUGAGUAUGUAUGUCUGUAUGCUUGUGUGUGUUUGCGUGCGUGCGUGUGUGUGUGUGACUGUAUGUAUAAGUGUGUGUUUGCAGACUGAGGGUAAUUAUGACACAGAUGGAGGCAAACACACAUGGGAACAGUCCUGGUAUCUCUGAGCCACUGGGACGUUUGAUCCCCUUUAGUCACUUCUUUCAUUUCUUUAAGUUUCAUGAAGUAUUCCAGCGAGACAUAUACAUCUCAGUGUGACAUCAUUUAUUGUGAGUAAAUGUAGGAAAAGUUUUGCCUUGCAGCUCAAUCCAACUCCUCCCCAACCUUCCACAACACAGAGACUUGCACUCAGUGUUAGAAAACAUGGCUUUUUCACUGACACUGAAUGAACUGAAUUGAAUUUCAAUUGAAUGAAUGAAUUAUUGAAUUUCCCUUUGGGGAUAAUUAAAGUUCUUCUCUUCAUCUGGUUUGUAAAUCAAAUGUAUUUUAAAAACUAGCUGCUCUGAACAUUUUUUUCAUACCACUCUUGUUAUCAGGUAACCUGUCCAAGACUUGCACUGAAGGUGGCUGGACCCCAAUCAGCGUGGACUCCUAUAUAAUGGACUGUGGGUACGAUCCUAACAACACCAUGGAUGAUAAUGCGGUCAGUGCAGCAGGCAUGAAUCAAAGCUCCUCUUCCUUUAUGUUGCUGCUUAUAUUCAGGCUUUUCACUGCAUCCUGCUGAAAUGGAUUCAGAGUGUGUAACUGAGUUUGUUUUGCAGGAAGAGUUCUUUGACGCUAUCAAAGUGGGUUACACCAUCGGUCACAGUGUGUCGCUCAUUUCUCUGACGAUUGCCAUCAUCAUACUGUGUCUCUUUCGGUAAGCAGUUCCAUCAAAAUGCUACUUAAAGUCCCUGUGCAAAGACAAUCAAACACCCUCCCCAUGAUUCAGAGUGAUAAAACCCUGUUCAUCUCUCAUUUCGCCUCACAUUUCCUGCUUUUUAUGGAGACUUUACAGUGUUUUUCAAACCGUAAUGUAACACAAGUGGACUUUGUGGGCUAAGACGUCAAAAAUUGACAUUAUCUGCUGUUGCAACACUUCUCAAACAAAGCAUCUGACUGCGAGCAGCCGUAAGGUCAGACCACUUAAACAUGCUGCUGCUGUUCACAGCUUGUCCCCCUUUUGACUUUCAGCCCCUGGUGUGAGAGAAAAGUGUUUUUCUGCAUGCUGGCAUGACAUAGCACAGAUCAUAAGGAUAGAUCUAAAUGAUUGUUUUUUAUGGCUUCUAAUAAACAACCCAGUGUGCUCAUCUGGGAGUAGCUGCAUUUGGAGUAUUUGUGCAUUACAGCUAAACAACAAGCAAUGUGUUUACUCCGCUUGCUCAUGAAAUACCAAUGAUUUGGACUCUGGAGCAGAGACACAGGAUGUGAGGAGCGUCUGCUGUUUACGUUUGCCUGCAGGCACUGCAUUAGGGCAGCUGUUUGAUACUGUGUGUCACUGCACCCAUACUGAUGGGUUUACACAAUUUAACCCACAAUGAUAAGCUAACUGAAAAGGCAUUUGUCUGUAAACACUCAGAAAGGAGAAUUUACAUUAGUGACAUUUUCUCUGGAACCCCCUGAUUCAUUCUGUUUACCUCCUGAUUCCUGGAUUCGCUCUCAUUUGAUGAUAGUUGGUGUUUCAUUGCAAGUAUAAAGCAAUUUAAAUUGAUGUUUUUGUGUUUAUAUAUAACCUGAUGUCAAAAAAUAGCAGAACUUAUAUUUUAAAUACCCUAUAAUAAUGUAUGCACUGUGCCUAUAGCUUUUUUUGCAGAUGUGUAUUAAGUCAAGGGAGUUUCACAAAAACACAAAUAUUGCUUGUUUCAGAGUUGAGGCUUGAGUUCAUUUGUAGCCACUAUAACUCUUAGCUCAGGAUGGAUACACAGAACUGAUAAUAUAGGGAUUGCACAAGCUAAGAUUGGUCCAAUUAAAGAAGAAAUAACAUCUUGAAUCUUAGAAGUAAGGGUCAAGUUCAUCAUGAAAAUGUGGUGUGUGGGGAUCUGUAUAAUGAUAGAAAGUUGGAAGUGAGUGUGGCUUAUACUAAACGUGUUUUUAUAGCUUUCUAGCAACCAUAAUUAUAAAAGAUGAGCAUAAAUGUAAUCAAAUUGUAAAUGGACGUCAGAUAAGAAGAAGCCAUGUCAAUUCUGGACAUGCAAUUAUACCUUUGAAGCAUCAAAUUGAUUAAUUAUUAUUAGCAUCUAAAUAAUUAUGAAACAUAUUUCCACCUCCUUGUGCUGUAAAUUAAUCCGUUUCUUUCUUUCUCAUUUCUUUUAUUCUUAACUGAAGUGUUUUGAACAGUCAUAAUGCCAGGUCAAAACUAAAUUAAACAUAUAAAAAAUCUGGCAGGAACCAGGCUUUUAUUCGCCACUGCUUGCCUGCUUUAGCUCCUCUUAUUCUUUGACUCUUCUUCUCAAAGACAAAGUCUAAACUUUGUCCAAUCUAAAGUAAGACUGUGUUUGAAGAGGAAGAAACUGAAGUCCUCCAGACACAACCAAUUUACUGUCAGCAUUAAAUGCUCCUAAACAUAUUUUGAGAUUCAAUUACAGAUGCACAUGUGACCAAAAUGGACAAAUCUGAUGUCAUAUAAGUUCUUCUGUGGCCUGUUACUUCAAUGUUUUCACUUUUUAACAGGAAGCUUCACUGCACAAGAAACUACAUCCACAUGAACCUUUUCGUGGCUUUUAUUCUGAAAGCUGUGGCUGUUUUCAUCAAGGAUGUGGUUCUGUAUGAUGUUGGGGAGACAGAUAAUUGCCAGCCAACUGUGAGUACACCGCAUGCUCUGACAGCUCCGGUCUCAUUCACCAACACAUACGCUUUAUUAGCAGAGCCAUGAGUUUCAUCAAUUUCCUUCUGACCAUGAUCUGAAUUUCUAGAUGGAGUAAACCUGUCUAUAUGAUGGCAGAGCAGUUUCUGUCCUCAGCAAAGGAAAACUGAAUCCAUUUAAUUUCUGACUCAGACUUUACUGACUUUGAUGCUUUGUCUCAGAGUUUACUUAACGUGUGAGCACUCAAGUGCUUCUGGGUGUAGCAGUGUUUGCCGAGUCCUUCCACUCCUGAGAUGUCGUUUCCUCGUUCAGCUGUCCAGCAGGAUGUUGUGAGAGUUCCUGUUUGCUGAACAUUAAGGCCGAACUACAGAGGGCUUAGUCAAUAAAUCACAUUUGAAAUUAAGCGUUUAUUCACCUUACUUGGAAAACAUUACCAUAGCAACAGUAUGAAAACACCAUACCUGCCUAUUUAGGAGGUCAGCAUUUGACUGAUAAGAUUUGAUAUACUUGGGCUAUUUUAUUUUCAUUUGAUCAAUCAAGUUUCCGACGUCACUAGUGUUUUCUCAGAUCUCACUCCAGCUGAAUCCACGACUUUAUUACCACAGAGGAUUAGAUCAGUGCACCGUAAAUCACCUGUUUUACUGUCUCUAAGUGCUGCUUGUUAAUGGCUGGAUUGUGAGAUGUCCUCUGCACAAUGCACAUACUGUCCUGUCCCAAACACAGCUGCUCACUCUCUCAUCUGGUCUAAAAUUAUCAGUGAAUAAGAAAAACACUGACAAAAAGCACAAAGACAAAGAGCACACUAACAAAUUACACAUCACAAUGAAGUUUACUUGUCAUGCAUAGAAUUUCUCAGCCCACAACAAUUAUAUUUACAUGCAGAAAACAUGUUAAAACUUAGUUUAAAAGUCCAGAAAACAUAAGAAAUGUGCAAUUUCUUUUACUAGACUCCAUCAUAUUGUCUUCAUGUACUCAAAGGAGUAGAGAGGCUUGGGGGCAAGAUAGCAGCAAGAUGAUUGGUCAAUAAAUGUAGAGGCUGAAUAGUAUUGUACUGAAAGAGUUAACACCCACUCAUCACAAGAAAGACAGAGAUACUGAGGGAAGAAUUGGUGUGAAUGAAUGAUGACAAAGGAUAAAUGAAUGAAUGAUUAAUGAAUAAGUGCAGACCUUUUUCCUGGCAGAAAAAGAAAAUGUUUACAAUCCAGAAAACCACAUUUAGAGCUGAAAAAGUAGAACUUAGUUAAGGACAUAAAACCUGUGUCUUUCUGUCGCUUGGUUUUGUAAAGAGAUUAGCUGGUUUUGAGCACAAUACAAUGUCAUUGUUAUUUGAUGAUUUAGUUUGUUAGAUGUCCAAUAACCAUUAUUGCCACAAGGGGCCAUGAAAAUUGUUCUUUGAAGGCUGUAGUUCAACCAAGCAGGACUAUCAAAGUGUAUUGUAUUCAUUCAGCAUUAGAGGAUAAAGCGAUUAAGUAUUUGUUUAGCUAUCUUUGUUCUGUACUAUUGUAAUAUACAGUUUGAAACCGUCCAUGCACAAACCCAGCUCAAUAAGAGUUUGGAUGCUGCGUAAAAUGUCUGGAUGGCAGCAUAUGUUGCUCAUAGAUCUAUGUACAGCGUUUGGUAUCAGUGAUGCUCUCUUACAUAUGUAAACAAGCCAUGCCAUGGGUACUUAUCAUGGGCUUCCCCACACCAUCACAGAUACUGUCUUUUGAGUCAUGGGCUGAUGGUCAGAAAGUGAAGGAUUUGGUAUCCAUGAUUUCCAAGAAGAAAGUCAGAUUUUGGUUUGUCAGGCUAAAGGACAGUUUUCCACUUCACCUCAGUCUUUAAGCGGCACAGGUCUAGAGAAGUCCCCAGCAUUUCUGGAUCUUUUUUAUGUGGUUUCCUUUUUGUAUUUUUUAAAAAUCUUUUUCAAAGCCAGUCACAUUACUAACCUAUUGCAAAUGGAUGUAUUUAUUUCGGAAUGGUCCUCCUGUGGUUUUAUGACAUUACAGAACUUUUACACAUACUUUUAACAUACUUGCUUUUACCUUUGAUGGGACAAUAUCAGCCUGGAAAACAUUUGUGAGACCUUUAAAAAGUUUCCCAGGAUCUACUGAAAAACAGAUUUUCUCCAUGUCAUUUUUGGAGUGAACACUGCUGAUAAACUGAUUUCCGCUAUUGCAGCUACAAUAGUUCAAAAUUAACUUUGGUAGAUUCAGAAUAAGUGGGAACACAUGCGGCCUUGAAUUUUUUUCUUUACGUCAACAAAAUGUUUGACAUUAACUAAAUAACCCCCCCGAGAUAAAGUAUCCUGGAUCUGAUCGUCAUCUGAGAUGAUUUAGCAUCACCAAGUGCGUAUGCUUUAGUUUAGUAGAUACUCUCUUUGGUUGGUAAAGAAUUGUAAGGAUUUUAAGGAUGUGGGAUGCAAUAAAACAGAGGUUUGCUGCAAAGUCAAGUCAGGUCUGUCUGCUUGUUUUUUCAAACACCCCUGCUUCCUCUCUCUCUCUCUCUCUCUCUCUCUCUCUCUCUUUCUCUGCCUCUCUCUCUCUCUCCUCAUGAGGAGUUGAAGUUAGAUAGUUAGAUAGUGCAUACAGCCCAAACCAGGAUAAGGGGUGAGCUCUUGACCAAACAGACUUUUCUCAUCGUACAAAACUUCAGUUCCUAAAUGAUAAUCAGUUAUGAGUCAUUUUUAUGACUUUAUUACUCUUCUUUAUGAACUGCCUCAUGAUGUGGAGAACAGAGCAGGUGUUGAGUGCAUUGGUGUGUUUCUCACCAUGUAUUUUAAAUGUAACACCUGAUGAGCCUCUGAUAACACCGUCACUGGAUGGUUCUUUGAGUGGAUCAGGACAUACCAUAUAAAUAAACAUGAAUUUCACAAACAGUGUGAUCCCAGAUUGGUUCAGUGCUGUGGUAAUUAUUUGUAUAACCAGAUCCUUUUUCAGGUAACCCCUGCAGGUUUUUCUCUAAUUGUGGUAAUAGUCUCGUGUUUAUUAUGGUAAUGAAUGCCUCCUCAUGGCUGCUCUUGAUGACUGCCAAGUCUGAUGGAUCGUUUUCAUAAAAAAAGACAUCAAUACUAAUCUCGGAGUAAUUUACUAAAAGCUGUAUCUGUAAUGCAACACGAUUUGUCUCCAUCACUUCACUGUAAUGAAUCUUCAUUUAUCUGCAUCCUCUGUCAAUGAAAUAAGCCAUUAACAUCUUGAUUGUCAUGCAGGUGGGCUGCAAGGCGGUGGUGGUCUUCUUCCAGUAUGGGAUCAUGGCGAGCCACUUCUGGCUGCUAGUGGAGGGCUUCUACCUCCACACCCUGUUAGCCGUGUCCUUCUUCUCGGAGAGAAAGUACUUCUGGUGGUACAUUCUAAUUGGCUGGGGUACGUGCCAACAUCUAUACCAUAUGUUGAUGAAUAUUAACAUUAGAUCAUUCUCAAGGAGAUCUGAUCCAUCAUAGAUCUCUAUGUCACAAAAAGCUGCAUGAAAUCUUCAGAUUCCCAUCAAGUCAUAAUCACUAGACAACCUUAAUGUCUGUUUUGACUUUACAGCGACAGCCACAAAACAUGUGAUCGCAUGUAAAUGAGUUUAAAAGAGAGGUUUUAUGCAUUCACAGGAAAAUGACCAUCCUUUUCAUCUGCAUAUGAAUGAGUCUUUCUGCCAGCUUCAGAUGAGCAGCAGCUGGCACUCUGCUCUUCUAAUUUCAUUUCAUCCAAAGGGUCCUGCCAUGUUUGUCAUGCUUUUAAUAAGGAACUGUUUCACUUUAUAAAAAGGAAAAGAAAAGAAAUCAUUCAUAAACAGUCUAACGUACAUAUAAUAGUGCCUCUCAAGAAGAUCUGACAGCUCAGGCCUAAUUUUUUUUUCUAUAAUGCAGAGAUUCAUUCCCUACAGACCCACUCUGAUGAAAAUCAUGUUUUUCUUGUUGUCUGCAUGUUCAUAGGGCAUUUUUCUGAUGCUACAGGACAUAUCAUGAGAAAAAUAAGUGCAAAAUUGCAUUUAUGAGUAUUUCUGCAUUCAAAUCGCUGUGAACCUCUGGCAGACCCAAAUGACAGGUUCAGACACAGUGAGAUUUCCUAUGUAACAACUCCAAGCUCCACCCCUGGAGCCCUGCUAUGAAGUACAGAGAACAAUCGCAGAACAAGCGUGUGUGUUAGCGGAUUACAAUGCUCGUAAGAAAGCUAAUUAUGAUAUCAACUUUCAUCAUGUCCUCAAAGACAUUAGUUUCCGAAAGCUGAAUAUGUUACCUAUGUUACCUGCCACUUCUGCUGCACAAACAAUGUUAGGCUACAAGCUAGCAUGAUGAGGAGUGUGCAGAGCAGCGCUGUCUCCACCCACGACUCAGGUGUGAAUUGCUAAUGAGCUACUGGAGCUCUGCAGAGGAAAAGCCCUUGAAAAUGACACAGGUAACGUGAUUUUAGCUAAAAACUUAUUUUAAAAUCACAAUUUACAGACCACUGACGACACUUCAAAUAGUAAAAGAAAAACAGAGUGGGACUUCAUAAAACAUGCCUUUUAAAAGCCCAAAUACAAAAAAAAACCCUUCCAAAAGUAUCGGUUUUCCCCCUAAGAGCUCUCAUCUUAACUUAUUUUUGCUAUUUUCAUCAAUCAAACACUCACCGGGGUCUUUUAGAGCUCACUUAUCAGUCUGACUUGUCUUGAGAUUUACAUUCAGCAGACAUUCUCCAAAUUUUGAAUGUCCUUAUUUCCAUCACAGCAAUAAAGCCACUUUAUAAAUAGACGUGAAAUGUCGUGUCUGCCAGCAGGAAAAUGGAAACAACCCUGUGACUUUCCUGCAGGGCCCAGAAGGAGCAAAUAUUGGCACAGAGCACACAGUCAAAGAUGAUAAGCAUACCAAAAAUGCACUAGCACUUUAGCCAGAGAGUCACACAAACAUUUAUCUGGGUACAAAACUCAAUGGUCACCUUCCUUUCUGAGUUUAUGUACAGGUCAUUGAAUACAGUGAACGUGGAGGUCCAUGUAAAUGUCAAAAUUAUUUUCUCUAAUAAUUCUCUUUGUCUUUCUUUAUUUCAGGGGCUCCAACCAUCUUCAUCUCAGCGUGGGUGAUCACAAAGGCGUAUUUAAAGGAUCCUGGGUCAGUCAAUCAUUGUGUUUUGUCACUUUUCAGAAUAACUGAUUUAAACUGCUUUACACAGAGAAAAUAACUCUAAAUUUAGUAUCAUGGUUAGCUUUACUCUUCAGAUGUCUGUAAUGAUCUCAUCAUCUGCAACAAACCAAUCACUUGUUGUUGUUGGUUGCUUGAUUGUCAUAAAAGACCGAAACUGCAGUAGUUAAAUGUUUGUAUUUCUUUUAAACUUCCAAAGAUAUUCUUUUGGCCUUCUAGACAGUGAGGUUGACAGCUUUUAUUUAUUUAACCACAGAGCCAAACUGGUAAUCUGAACACUCUUUUUGUUUUAAUAGAACCAAAAAAAAAAACUAAUCUAAAAAAACAUAUACAUUUUAGUAUGUUAAAGUCACAACUGUAUUGAUUGGUAGUCAGACAUUUCCCCAUUAGUCCCCUCAACUCAUGUUAUCUCAGCUUUAUGUUCCCACUGUCCUUUCCCUCCUCUUUCCUAUGUUCCCUCACCCUGUAUAAUUAGAUUUCUUUAUCGCCUCAGCCUCUUAUUACUAGAUCCCCGUGUUCCUCACACCUUGUCCUAUGUUCUUUAAGUGCCAUGUUUCUUCACUCUGUUUGCACCUACCAAAGCCUUUAAAUUUCAUCUCUGUAACCCCUACUUGCAUUGUUCACUUGCUUCUUAGUCCCUCCCACCAGAGAAGAGAGAUGCAAGGAAAAUAAGUGUACUGUAUAAUUUAAUAGACAUUAAAACAUGGGGCUCUAUUUUCGUGCCUGCCGACGGCACGGCGGAGGAUGGCGGACCCACGUAGUGGUAUUUUACAUUAAACACACCAGAUCCAUCUGUGCUUAUAUGAGACCGUGUGAAGGACGCCCUCUGCAGCGCUUACAGCGACACUUGUUGAGGGGCUGCCUUCUGUUGCCAUCGUGUGGCAUAACUGUCUUCAGACAUCUCUUGAUCUCUUUAACUACUUCACUAAAAUUGUAAUAUGCCUCGCUGGUGGCGGAUUUAAAGGUGAGGAGAGGAGCUCAUCUGAUUGGCGAAAACAGGUUAGGGAGGGGGGAUACUUACGCCGGGCUGUGCCGCUCACCAAAAUACCAAAAUGUGCAUGUUAUGCUUAUGCUUAUGUUAUCAAAGUCCUAUAAGUUUCUACACACCCUCCCUUUAUGUUCCAUUGUAAUUUUGUAGCCUUAGUCCUUGUUCCCUCACAUUUUGUUCCCUCAGCUUUGUGUUCCUGCAGCUCCUAUGUUCCCUUGCCAUAUUUCCUGAGUCCUUGGUUUGGUCACUUUUGUUUUCUUUGCACUCUGUUUCCUCAGCUCCUUUGUCUUUGCCACUAUACUCUCUAAAUUUUUAUUCAUAUGUCCCUGUGUUACCUCUACACCAGGUUGCCUGAGUCCUAGUCCCCUCACCUCAUUCGCCUUUUCUUUUCAACAUCCAAUUUAUCAAUCAACUCAUCUGAUCUUCCCUUAGAGAAGAAGAUAAACUUGAUGAUUAUAAAGCUACCAUGUUUUAGUUACUAAACUGUACAGUGUAUUUUGCUCAUGAGUCUACAUAGACAGGAGAGCUUUUGAUAAGAUAACUUAUCUUUUACAUGUCUUGGCAAAUCAGCCUCUUCAUUUCUAACCUUUUUUUCACCUUUAAUGUUCUUGUAGUUGAUGCUCUAUGUGUUUGUAGCAAAAGGUUUUCCAGCUUAAAUGUUGAAUUGAUUUCUAAAGAAUUUGUUGUAUUCACACUCUAAUCUCUUCUGACAGCUGCUGGGAAAUAAUUGAUGACAAGCCAUGGUGGAUCAUCAAAACACCCAUUUUAUUCACCAUACUCGUGAGUCACGACACCGUUUUAUGAGCCUUAUUCUAUAAACAUAUCUGCAUAAUGUAAUUACAUAAACAAGGAUUUUAAUCCUCUGCACCCUGGCAGGUUAACUUCAUCCUCUUCACCUGCAUAAUCCGGAUUUUGCGACAGAAGAUGAAUUGCCCCGACAUCGGGAGAAAGGAAUCCAAUCAGUACUCGUAGGUUAUCAGAGAAGAGUGUCACAUUGAUGACUUUAUUCGUGGUAUUACAACAGUGAAGAAAAAUCUGAACUCAGUGGAAAAAAACAACCUUGAGAAAAGCAUUUUUUUGUAAUGAUUGACACGAGUUUUUUUCUUUUUUUUUUCUCAUGACACUUUCUCAGGAGACUGGCUAAAUCCACUCUGUUGUUGAUACCUCUUUUUGGGAUAAACUACAUCAUCUUUGCCUUCAUCCCUGACCACAUUCACCCGCACGUGAGGAUGGUGUUCGAUCUUAUUCUGGGGUCAUUUCAGGUAACAUAGCUAAACAGCACAAGUGUUUAAACGGAGCCCUGUGUAAACAGUCUAAUGUGUAUGUUCUGUAGUGUAUGGUGCAGACUGAAUUGGGAUGAAUCUGUGGCGCACAAUCUGGGUUCUUAAUAGACACAGAGACAUGAAGUGCAAAAAAAGAUCUAUUACAGUCCCACUCUGAUCGUUUUUGUUUUUACUACUUGAGGUGUUAUCAGUGGUCUUUAAAUUGUGAUUAUAAAGUUUUUCGCUAAAAUCACAUUACAUGUAUCAUUUACAAGGGCUUUUCUUCUGCAGAGCUCUAGUAGUUCACUAGCGGUUUGCCUCUGAGUCGUUGGCAGAGACAGCGCUGCUCUGCACACUUCUCUUCAUGUUAGCUUGCAGUCUAAAAUUGUCGGUGUAGUAGAAGUGGCAGAUAACCUAGGAGCUAUUCAGCUCUUGGACACUAAUGUCUUUAGGGACAUGAUGAAAGUUAAUAUCAUAUUUAGCUUUCUUAUAAGCACUGCAAUCCGCUAACGCACGCGCUUGUUCAGCGAUCGUCCUCUAUACUUCUUGAAGUCUGGCCUGCACAGCGGGGCUCCAGGGGGUAGAGCACGGACAUGUGGUGUAGAAAAUCUCACUGUGUCUGAACCAUAGACUGUAUAAAGAAUGGACAGAGUCUGCCUUCUCGCUGGGUGAAGCCACUCCGAGAACAGCACCCUCUGUUGACGGGCUGCAGUAUAGGUCAUAAAUCCCGCUUCCGCCAGCAAAGCUUAUGGAGCUGUGGACAAACUUUAGAAAUUUAUUACACAGAACAUAAAUUUUUCUCCCCCCUGCCUGUGAUGUUGACAUGUAGUUACUGUAAGACUAGUUUGUGCUCAAGUCCACUUUUUUCUGUACAGCUCUGUUUUUAAAAGUUAUUAGGGGUUCAUGUUGUCUAUGAUUGACACUUGAUACAGCCUAUGGGCGUUCAGGGAUUGCGUAGCUCACCCGGGGGGAUACGCUGUUUGAGCUGAGCGUCAUCACAGUGACUCUCGGCGACUGCGCGGCCGAAUGCGUGCAUCGCUACUGCGCAGCGCUGGUUUCAGGAAAUGAAGAAAAAUCACGGAAAUACCGAGAGCUUUUUGGCUUCAAAUCCGUAUACAGGCGGAAGGCAGAACCAAGUUGUCCAUCGUAUAUACAGUCUAUGGUCUGAACCCGCAGUUUGGGUCUGCCAGAGAUUCACAGCAAUUUGGAUGUAGAAAUUGUUCUUUUUCUCUUCUAUUUCCUCUAGAAUCAGAAAAAAUGGCAUAUAAACAUGCAGACAACAAGAAAAACAUGAUUUUCAUUAGAGUGGGUCUUUAAGUCUCUGGAUUAUUCAUGGUAAUGUUUCAGGCAUAACAUGAAUCAGAACAAUCUGUAUUUGAUUCCAUGAAUUCCAGCCUUUUUACUUUGAUGGACCAGUUGGCAUGUCUAACUCCACUAUUUCUACUGCACCCCUCAAAAUGCAGAAAAUGCUCACAGGUUGUAUGAGUUAUGUUGAGUCAUGUAUUAAUGGAUGAUGAUUUAUAUCCUGUACACUUACCAUCAAAGAAAAGUAGGCUUUUAUUGACUUGAUUUGCUGCUGGAUCACAUUGCUGUUGCAUGUGUCAUGGAUGUGCCUAUCCAUCAUUUAUCAGUAUCUGAGAGCACACUGGUCAGUGAGAGCAAUGAGACUUAUGUUUGAGGAACGUAAAAAGAAUACCUUUUCGUCGUAUGUGAAUGUAUGUGUGUGAGUUUGUGUUGGUUUCUGCAUGUAAUUGAAAGAGUUUGCACAAUGAAGCUCAGUGAAAUCUUAGGUCGUACUUUCAGCCACACAGGCCUGAUGAUAUGAGGAGAUAACACUGCUGCCGUAUCAUAAUGUAUGGUGACAAGGGGAAAUGACUUGUAUCUACAAGCCCUCUGACCUAGUAAAACACACAAUUUCACUGCAACAGCAAAAUGCAGAUGCUGUAUUAUGAGCGUGAGCAUGGCCGUGCAUCUCUGCUUGUGUGUAGAGAGCAAAGAAAAGCAUGCUUCAUUCUGUCUUAUUAAACGUGGGUGCAAGGUCAUUUGCUAUUUACACAGGCAAAACACUUUGGGUUUAUAAACCCUGAAGUGUUAAGCAGCUUGCCAACAACUUUAAAAGCUUCCAAAUACUUGACAGAAGAAUCACAACAUCUUGAAUGAAAUGAUUUAGCACUCCUGAUUAGCUGACUAUAGGACAAGAUAGAAAGCAGCUCUUUGACUCGGUUCAGUCAGAAAGUUACAGCUCGGCAAGUUAAGACAGUUCCUCCUGAAAAAAUAAAAUAAUUGUUUGUUUAUCCAACAUGUUGCUGAUUUACUGACUAUGAAAUUGGAUGUGAGCACUAAGAGCCUAAUGUAAUGGCUGAAUUCUGGAGAUGGAAAGUACUUUUUUAAUUUAUAACCAUCUUAACUCUGUAUGAUUCCUUCUGGGAAAAUUUCCCAGAGAUCUACAUGAUGAACCUCCUGUCUGAGUCUGAAGUUGGUCAUAAUCUUACCAUCAUUACUCAGACUCAAGCAUUUUGAGUGUUUCCCCAGCAGCACGAUCACAUCAUAGUGGUAUUUCUGUUCAGCAGGGACAGAUAUUUUAUCGACUUUCUUUCUCUUUUCAGGGUUUUUUUGUUGCAGUCUUGUACUGCUUUCUAAACGGAGAGGUGAGUGUAUCUAUUUAAGAUGUUUACCACCCUUUUAUGCUAUGAAAUCUAAUUUUCUGCCCCUGUUUCUGUGUCAUUUCCUUUCCUAACGCUCCCCCCCCUAAUCCUGUUUACCACAUUUCUUGUUCCCUCCUUCAGGUACAGGCAGAGAUCAAGCGAAAGUGGCGCCGAUGGAUGCUACAGAGGUUCUUGGGUGCUGGUCCAAAGUACCAACAGCCCUCUAUCGGCAGCAACGGCAACAACUUCAGCACCCAGAUCACCAUGUUGACAAAAUGCAGCCCAACAACACAGCGGUCGUCUGAGUGUCAGGAGCACCUCUCUGCCAUCUGAAACCAUCUGAAAAGUUGACUCAAAUUUUUAUUUUUAUUAUAAUUUACUGAAAGCAUGGCUCAAACCUUCUGCUUGACUGAAGUUAAUUCUGGUUACUGAAAGUCAAUUUGACUCUUCAAGGUUUUCUUGCCAGGGUGGAAAGGCAUCAGAAACCACUUUCAAAAUGCAGGACCUGAUCAGAAACUGGGUUCAUAUUUAAGUUAAUACCAAUAGUUAAUGCUAAAGAAACUCAAAAACUAGUCAUCAGAAAAGACUGUUCUUGUUCUGUGUUGAACAUUCAGUGCUGAUACAUAAGUGAGCAGUUUGUAAAGCUUUGUUUGGAUCACAUGAUGAGGGACCUGAAGCAGCUGCUGUGUUGGAAAUUAGCCUUCUGAAAACAGCUGAGAGAAAGACCUUCAUGACCGCCCUGGAAAUGGAGCUUGAGCCGGUGUUUGCCAUCUGAUGUGGAGCUGUAGAUGGAUAGAAUGAGAGGCGAGCUGUGCCCUAUAAGGGGAAGAUGUUUAUCAAAAAGGUGUGUUACACAAGAGAACCCAGAGCACUUAACCUAAUGGCUCACGUUGCUGAGGGGACCGGCAGGAGCAGCAUUAAUGACACUGUCAUGCUUUCAUGAUCAGUAAAGCCACUGAGGAGGGAUCUAUAGUAUAACCCACACACUGGAUGUUCCUCCCCUGACCGUGACGGUUUUAUACGGAGCAAACACUCAGCUGAAUUACUGAAGGAUCACAUUCCAGAGGAGACACUAAAGCUCCUGCUUGUGAAAUUUAUCUCAGAUUACAGAAGCUUUUAGUUUUGUCUUGUGCAGAUGUUUUUCUUUGCUACUCCUGCAGCUAAUAGAGCAGAUUUGUUUCUUUGUUUGUCUGUAGCACACAACGUGUGAAUAAAUGUGUCAACAGAGAUUAUUUUCGAUGAACUGGAUUGCAUGCACGAUUCAUUUAAUUGCAAUGUUUGUUUUCUUCGUUAUAUCCUUUUUCUACAUUCAGAGAACAGUUUCAUGUAUGAUUGAACCAUGCUGGUUGUGAGCCAUGAUAGCAGUUGUUGCCCCUGAACAGACCACACCACUUCACUUAAGACUGAAAUAUCUCAAAAAUCCUCUGAUGGAUCACCAUCAGUUUUUGGAGGCAUAUAUAGACCCCAGAGGAUUAAUCUUACUGACCCCUUGACUUUUCCUUUUCCUCAAGCAGUAGGUCAAAUUUUCCACUCAAACAUGUCAUUAUUUACAAACUGAUGGGACUUUUUUAAAGAAGUUUAUUAUUCCCAGUAGAUGAGGCCUCAUCACCUUAUGACUCCCCUGACUUUUCCUCUAAUGCUGCCUCAGCAGUGGCAUUUGAGGUUUUGAGUGAAACCCCCUACAACUACCAGACAGAUGUUAUUUUCUCGACUUGGAAUCAUUAUUAUAAUGUCCUCACUUUUAAAAUUUCAUUUUUUUCCUUCGAGUUAUAACUAACUUAAUGCAGAACUGGUGACACUCCCCUCAGCCUUAGCUGAUCUACUUCACUUUGUUUUGAAUUCAUGCUAACAUGCAUGUCCAACAUUGCUAAUAUGAACAACUUACAUUUUCAAACCGUCAAUGCGUUAGUAAUGCCAUUGUUAGCACUCCAGCAUGCAAGUAUUAAACUCAAAGCACUGCCUGACAUGGACACCAGCCUGCCUGUAGAACCUUACUUCUUUAAAGUAGAAGUUACUGAGGUUAGCUUAAAGUAGCUGUAUUUCCAAACCUCCAAAUAUGCACAAUUUAACUUGGCCAUAAUCACCAAUGUAUGCGCUCAUGGUACAACUAUUCUUUUUAUCCAUGCACUUUUUAACAUGAUGCCAAGAGGCCCAGCAAACGGAAAAUCUUUUAGAACACAUCCCAGUUAAAUUGAAUUUGCAGCAGCAGGCUGGUUAGUAACAUGACUGGGUAUAAAACAAAAGCAGUCCAGAGAGGCUGAACCUUUCAGUGGUAAAAACGGAGGAGGGUCUCCCACUCUAUUGAAGCCUUUGUGAGCAAAUACUUCAACUAUUUCAGAUUAAAUAAUUUAGGGGUAUCAUCAUACACAGUACAGCAUAUCAUUUCAAGAUUCAGAGAAUCUGGAGAAAUCUCUUCACAAAAGACACAAGGCCCAAAACCAGGACUGGAUGGCUGUGGUAUCCUGUCCCUCAGGCAGCACUGCAUUACAAACAUGGCUCUCUACAAAAAUUGCCGCAUAAGCUCAAUCACAAAACACAUUACUCAUGAGCAUAGUUCACUGUUGCAUACACUGAUACAAAUUAAAACUGUACCAUGAUAAGAGCCAACCCCAUAUCUAACAAUCAAUCAAUCUUAAUUUAUUUAUUUACUGGAAUAUUAUCAACAAACAGAAUCUGGACAAGCGAUUUCUUUCUGUGGGAUGAGUCCAUUUAAGAUGGACUGGGACAAAGUUGUUUUGUGGCCUGAAGCAUCAAAUUAGACUUUUUUUCUGGAAAUCUUGGAUGCUGCGUCAACAGCUGCAAAAAGGGAAUCUGCAAAUACUGUAACAGCAUGGUUAUGUCAUAGUCCAGAGGCUCUCAGAUUGUUUAUCUAUUGGCUUUGUAUGUCUUUAAGGAAGCUGUGAUUCUCUUGGAGAAUGCUGACUUCAACCCAGAAAUGACAGCCAGUCUAACCUGAAGUAACAUGGUAGGGUCUGUCGGGAUAAGCUCCACGCCAAGGUUGACUGACACAUGUACAGACAAAUCAGUCUUGAACUUUAAUUAGCAGUUUAAUGUUUGUUGUUUAAUGGUUUAAAAGGCAACAUGUUAGCAAUGGCGUUGAUUGACAUCAUCAGUCUUGCAAACAUGGUGCAUUGCUUUAGUUUUUCAGUAAAACUGGGAUUUGGAUUGCUCUGGACCUGGAGCUUGAAAUCAGGACAAAAACCUUUCAAACAGAGACAUAUUGUCACCCUAGAAAUGCACAACUUCUCUAUAAUGUGUGACUUCAUCAAUCAUGUGUUUAUUGUCCAAGCUGUGUUAUCUAUGUUCGCAAUUCCAUCAUUAAUAGAAUCCAACGACAUUUGACAAACAUGUUUUACUGACACCAACAGUCUUUUUAGUAGGAUUUUUCUUUCUCUUUUACCACUUAGAAAACCUGCUAAUUUCAUCUGUAUGCAUCAUGCCAUGAGCUGGGGAGGUCUGCUAUUGUACAAGUUAAGAUGCCACAAUACAUUUUAUUCCUGAGCUCCUGUCCAUACGCCAGAGCAUUUCUCAUUUAUUCACUUAGUCACUUAUGAUGGUUGUGUCUUGCCUGGUAUUACAUUUAAAGCACUUAUUUUUACUCCCCUACUCAGAAUUGUAAUUUUAAAAUGUUCAAGUUUGAUGUUUAUGUCAUUUCCUUCUUUGUAGUUCCAGUUUGUGUAAACCUGAUGUGAAAAGUGAAAGUACCUCAGACUCACGAUUGCGCUCGGCCUUUGUAAAUGGUCGAUAACUGUAAAUAUGAUGUCCUUUUGUGGCGUUGACUUAUCGUGCUCAGGUUUCAAGUGGAAAAUGGAUGUUUACAUGUAAAACUGUACAUCUUUCACUCGUGCUUUUUGCAUAAUGUCAAUCAAGUUCCUUUAUUUGUUCUGUAAAUUUUUUUUGUAAAUAUGUUUUAUUGUCCUCAAUGUGGAAUCAGCUGUAAAGAUGUUAUUGAACAAAAUGUCUAAUGAUGAUUAAUAAAACUCUGCACUGUGAA